AUGAAGGCAGCGCAAUGGGAUCCGGCGCAGCAGAAGGUGGUAGUAAACGAGGUCUCCAAGCCGAUACCAGGCCCGGGCCAAUUCCUUGUCAAGCUUGCAUCCGCAUCCCUAUGCCAUUCAGAUCUCAUGUCCAUGGCUAUGCCCCACACGGAACCCAUAACCAUCGGUCACGAAGGCGCCGGCUAUAUCGAGGAGAUUCAUCCUACAGCACAAAACAAAGGAUUCAAAAUAGGCGAUAGUAUAGGCUUCACGUACAUCGUCAAUUAUUGCGAUGAUUGCGAAGGUUGCGAGAUCCACAACAACCACUGUUUGAACAAGAAAAGUCGUGUGAACGGUUUCAAUGAACCCGGGCUGUUUGCAGAAUAUGCGACGGUCGAUGCAACGAGCUGCAUCAUCUUACCAAAACAACUACCACCGGAGACGUCAAGCCCCAUCUUUUGUGGUGGUAUCACAGCUUUUCAUUGUGUCGAUUCAUGCGAACUGCAGUCCGGUCAGUGGCUCGCCGUCGUCGGGUGCGGAGGCCUCGGCCAGUUAGCCGUUCAAUACGCAAAAGCCAUGGGUUUCAAAGUGAUUGGCAUUGACAUCAAUGAUGACAUUCUUGAAAAUUCUAAGUCGCAAGGCGCAGAUGCUGUUUUCAACAGUCGUACCAACCCUAGUUACAUCGAGGAAGCAAAGGCAUACAUGGAUCGUGGGCCAAACAAGGGUGCUGAUGCGGUUGCAGUGUUCAGCGCAGCUCCGGCUGCUUAUAAAAGCGCACCGCCCCUAGUCAAAUUAGGCGGAAUCAUCAUGGUUGUAGGACUACCAGCUGAAGGUGUGACUUUCAAUGCUCUGGAUAUUGCCACAGGGAAGUACAGGGUCAAGGGAGACAGUACGGGCAUUCCAAGAAGGAUGAAGAAAGCCAUCGAUUUUACGGCCAAACACAGCAUCAAGCCGGAGAUCGAAACGCACAAGAGUCUGGAAGCGGUGAAUGGCAUGGUCGAGAGGAUGAGGAACGGCGAGCUCACGAGGCGGCAAGUCGUGCAAUUCGCCUGA